AUGUCUUCAGAAAAGGUCGAUGAAAAGCACGGUACCGAGUCUAAUGCUAGCCACAGCCAAACUGAGGGCUCUGAAAUUGACAUCUAUUCUUUCCACGAGAAGCGGGCUGGUCGUCUGAUUAUAGACCCCGCUGAGGCGAAGAUUGAACUGGGCGAAGCGGUUGCAGCGAAGCUGAAGUUGUCAGCCGAUGGCACUAAAGUACUCUGGCCACAGCCUACAGACUCUGAUCUGGAUCCACAGAACUGGAGCGACCGUAGGAAAACCCUCCUUCUUAUUAUCAUUACUCUGGCUGCUAUCGUUCCUGACUUCGACUCUGGUAUUGGAAUCGCGGCCAUCUUCGCUUUGGCGGUGCAAUAUAACACAACUACGGGAGUCAUAAACAACCUCACAUCUAAAACUGCCCCACAAGUCACUGGUCUCUAUAUCGUGACAGAUCUGUAUCCUUUCCAUCUCCAGGCGAGGAAACUUAAUAUCUGGACGAUGGGUUUCCUGGUCUCCCCUUUCCUUUCCCCAUUCGCCUUUGGAUUCCUCGUCGCGCGAACUACAUGGAGGUGGGCAUAUGGAAUUGGUUCUAUCUACUCCGCGAUUGUAGUGGUGCUUAUUGCGCUUUUCAUGGAAGAAACGAUGUAUGAUCGUACUUUGAAGCCUAUCCCAUUGCCUACUUCGACAGGCCUCCGACUUAGAAUCGAAAACCUCGUCGGUAUCACCGGUAUGCGGAUGCAGAAGUACCGCAUCUCCUGGUUUGAGUCUGUUGUCAGCCCUCUGCGUCUAGUCACAAACGCUGUUUUCCUCGGCUCCCCUCCACCCUUCGGUUACGGGUUCAGCGAAUUUGCUGUUGCUGGUGGAUAUGGAACACCGAUUGUUUCCGUUAUUCUUGGAGAGCUCGUAGGACGAUACACUAACGAUUGGAUCAUGAAUGCCAGUAUCAGACGUAACAAGGGUGUUUUCGAAGCUGAGAGUCGUCUUUGGGCUUGUUACAUUGCCAUUCCGCUAUAUAUCUGUGGCUUUGUCACCCUUGGAGCAUCUUUCCAGAAACAUCUCAGCGUCGGAGCGUUGGUGAUGGGAUGGGGUAUCGCUGAAUUUUCAGUCAUGAUCAACACUGUCGCCAUUUACGCUUAUUGUAAUGACGCUUUCCCUAAACACCAGGGAGAAAUCAGUGCACUGAUUAACCUCGCUCGUACACUUGGAGGCUUCAGUGUUGCUUACUUCCAAGUACCAUGGGCACUUAAACACGGUGCUAUUCAAACAUUUGGCUGCGAGGCUGCUAUUGUCACCGGUCUGUUCUUGCUUUUCAUCCCAAUUUUGCAAUAUAAAGGAUCAUCUUUACGGGCCAAAUACUCCUUGCAUUAG